GGGUAAUAAAUGACCAGGGUGUCCUUCACCUGCCGGUCAAGGGUUUCCCUUCCAGUUAAAGCGAGCCUCCUGAAAGCAGCACAGCUUUACGGCUCCCCGAGACAAAACGCAGAGAUGAAGGUUGACAUUCACUGUCAUAUUUUGCCAAAGGAGUGGCCCGACUUGAAGCAGAGAUACGGAUAUGAAGGAUUUGUGCAGCUUCACCAUCACUGCCAAGGGUCAGCAAAAAUGAUGAGGGAUGGCAAGCUGUUCCGGGUGAUCCAGGACAACUGCUGGGACGCUGGAGUACGCAUACGGGACAUGGACCAACAUGGUGUGGCAGUUCAAGCACUCUCAACUGUUCCAGUGAUGUUCAACUACUGGGCCAAACCUCAUGACACACUGGAUCUUUGUGGCCUACUAAAUGACAAUUUGGCGCAGACGGUGCGCAGCCACCCCAAGAGGUUCGUGGGCCUGGGCACGCUGCCCAUGCAGGCGCCAGACUUGGCCAUCCUGGAGAUGAGGCGCUGUGUGAAGGAGCUGGGCUUCCCUGGAGUCCAGAUUGGGUCGCACAUUAACAACUGGGACCUAAACGCCCCAGAACUGCUCCCCUUCUACGCUGCUGCAGAGGAGCUUGGCUGCUCCAUAUUCGUCCACCCGUGGGAUAUGCAGACAGAUGGGAGGAUGGCUAAGUAUUGGCUUCCCUGGCUGGUGGGUAUGCCUUCAGAGACCACAAUCGCUAUUUGCUCCAUGAUAUUUGGAGGCAUCUUUGAGAAGUUUCCUAAACUGAAAGUCUGCUUUGCUCAUGGAGGUGGUUCUUUUCCUUUCACUAUCGGCAGGAUUGAACAUGGCCACAAAGUUCGUCCUGAUUUGUGUGCAGUUGACAAUAAGAUUAGUCCACGGAAAUACCUUGGUUCUUUCUACACAGACUCGCUGGUCCACGAUCCCGUCUCACUGAAGCUGCUUGUUGAUGUCAUUGGAAAAGAUAAAGUGAUGCUGGGAACAGAUUACCCUUUCCCACUUGGUGAGCUGGAACCUGGAUCCCUAAUAGAAUCAAUGGAUGAGUUUGAUGUCACAAUAAAGGACAAGUUGCUUGCUGGGAAUGCUCUGGAAUUUUUGGGAUUGAAAAGAGAACAAUUUCUGUAGCCGAACAUGAACGUUCAAUUUUAGUUUACAUACACCCAAAAUUUGGAUAAAAAUUGAAUAUUUUAAUGCAGCAUGUUUGAAAAAAGAGAGAGCUUUAAAAUGUAAAAGAAACUUGCUUGAUCUCCUUUCAGUAGAUUAGUAUGAAACCAUAUUAUUUGUCAGCUCUUAAUGAACUGAUUCUCAGCAGCUGUGUAGAUCUUUAUAUAAGCAGUUUUUUUGUCCAUCUUCCCCUUUUGAUGUGAAACACAAUACAAAGAGAAUAUUCAUCACCAUUUAUGAAGUCUGGGACUGACUGUAAAAAUAAACUAAAUUACUCUUUAAAAUAUGUUAUACACAGCAAUGUUUGAUAUAAUCAAAAUGAGUAUUUGAGAAACCUGUACCUGUUUUUUUUUGUUUUUGUUUUUUUUUUUGCGGGAGGGGGGUGCUCUGUGAAUCAAUAAAGAUUGUCAAUAAA